UUUGGAAUCCCACUCAUCAUCCAGGCCAUCAGCUCAGACUCCCACCUCUACACGCCCAUGUACUUCUUACUCUCCAGCCUGUCCAAUGACAUCUUCUUCUAUUCCACCACAAGCCCCAUGAUGCUGGUGAGCCUCCAAACCCAGAAUAGAACCACCCCUUUUGUGGGGUGAACUGCCCAGAUGUACACCCUCCAUUUGCUUAGAACCAUGGGCAGCUUUCUCCUGGCUAUAAUGGCCAUUGACCGGUUUCUGACCAUUGUCCAUACUCUGCACUACUCGGUAAUCAUGAUCCAUGUGUAUGGGCUCCAUGUGCACACCUGUCUCAUGGCUCAGCUCACCUUCUGUGCCAGCUCUGAAAUCCCCCACUUCUUCUGCGACCUUAUGCCCCUACUGAAACGCUCCUGCUCAGACACACACACCAUUAAGUUGGUGAUCUUUGCUUUUGGUAUCAUCUCGAGGUUCAGUCCCCUCAAAUGCAUCCUCUUGUCUUCCAUCUGCAUUUUCUGGGCAGUCUUUCCAUUUGCUCUGGGCAAAUGGACCGAGAACAAAUGGAAAGUCUUCUCCACUUGCAGCUCGUACCUCACUGUGGUCUCACUGUUCUAUGGCACCAUCUUUGCCGUGGUCUCACUGUUCUAUGGCACCAUCUUUGCUGUGCACUUACAGCCAUCAUCUCCAUCCUCCCCCAAGAAGGACAAGGCAGCUGCCCUGGUAUGUGGAGUGGUCAUGCCCAUGCUGAACCCUUAUCUAUAUAGCCUGGGGAAUAAUGAUAUAAAGGCAGCUCUGAGGAAGGUCACCAGCAAAGUGACCUAUCUCAGUCCUAGGAUAGAAAAGGUGUUGGUCAUGUCUCUGUUCCAGGCCCACCUCUCCUUGCCAGGAACACAGAAAUGUGUGUUGUCCCUGUUGUGGAGGAGGACACUAAUCUUCCUCUAUCUUUCUAUGUUGGUAGGCUGA